ACAGUUGACUUUUCCUCACUCACAGGGAGCAAACUUCUCUCUCUCUCGCUCUCUCUUUCCAGCACUUUCUGGUUUCUUCUCCCUGACAAUCUGCUCUGCUGACUGACAACAUCCACUCUGGCCCUGUGGAGGAAACUACUUCACUUCUCUUUUGUGUUGUUCUCCUUCACUUGCUCUCAGCUCAUCCGUGACUUGUAUACUUUCGGGAUAGCGGUUAGGUAGUUGGGCAGUCACACUUUAUUGCUGCACGCGUGUAUGUGUGUGUGUGUUUGAGUGCGCGGGAGUCAGUCAGUAUGCCAUGUCGUCCCCUGGCUCGUCGUUUGUGCAGAUAAAGCAUGAGGACUUGCUCUUCUACGAGAACUGUGGUGGAGGCAGCUUUGGGAGCGUCUACAGAGCUCUCUGGAUAUCCCAGGACAAGGAAGUGGCUGUGAAGAAGCUUCUGAAGAUCGACAAAGAGGCUGAGAUUCUCAGUGUACUGAGUCAUAAGAACAUCAUUCAGUUUUAUGGAGCCGUGCUGGAAUCUCCCAACUAUGGCAUUGUCACAGAAUAUGCUAGCGCAGGGUCUCUGUAUGAGUACCUCGCCAGUGAGCAGAGUGAAGAGAUGAACAUGAACCAGAUCAUGACAUGGGCCAUACAGAUAGCCAAGGGGAUGCAUUACCUGCAUGCAGAAGCUCCAGUCAAAGUGAUUCACAGAGACCUCAAGUCCCGAAAUGUGGUAAUGACAGCAGAUAAAGUGCUUAAGAUUUGUGACUUUGGAGCGUCUAAGUUUCUUUCCCAUACCACCCAUAUGACAGUAGUGGGCACUUUUCCCUGGAUGGCUCCAGAGGUCAUUCAGAGCCUGCCUGUCUCUGAGACCUGUGACACCUACUCCUAUGGUGUGGUGCUAUGGGAGAUGCUGACUCGGGAGGUUCCAUUCAAAGGUUUCGAAGGGCUGCAGGUCGCAUGGCUGGUGGUGGAAAAGCAAGAGAGGCUGACCAUUCCCACCAGCUGUCCAGCAAGUUUUGCAGAGCUGAUGAGAAAAUGUUGGCAAGCAGACCCAAAGGAGCGUCCACAGUUUAAGCAGGUGCUGGCAACCCUGGAGACCAUGGCUAACGAUAGCAGGCUACCGGACCAGUGUAACUCCUUCCUACACAACAAGGACCAGUGGAGGUGUGAAAUUGAGUCAACAUUAGAGCGCCUCCGGAAGCUAGAGAGGGAACUUUACUCCAAGGAGAAGGAGCUAGAGGAGAGAGAGAGGAGGCUCAGACUGUGGGAAGAGAGGCUAAUGGAGAGGUCCAACAUGACUCCUAGCCCCACCUCCCUACUCAUGGAGCGCUCAAACAUCUCACCGUUCUUCACACCGAUGUCCAUCAGCUCCUCGGGCUCGUUCUUCCGCUCACACUCUCAGGACUCCAAUAGCGCUGGGGUCAGCAGUGCUGGUGUCAGCUCUCUCCUUCGCACACUCAGCAACGGAGACACAGAGAGGGGGAGCAGUGCGGUGCUGGAGAGAGGGAUGAGCUCACUUGACAGCACGAGGCUGCACGCCAUGUUCCGAGGGUUGCAGGGGAGGUUAGGGGAGGAGGAAGAGGAAGAGGAGGGUACCCUAGAGGAGAAAAGCUGGGGACAGAGAGACAGAGAUGACAUGACAGUCUGGAGGGAGGAAGGGUGCAGGUGACACUCAGGAGCUUCCCCGGUGGUGUAGUGGAGAGGGAGGAGAGGACAUGGGAGGAAGGGGACAGGGAGAGGGGAGGAAUGCAAAGAAGCAGGGUGACUACUAUUGUCCGAGGGUACUCGGGGGGAUUUGGGGAGGCGGAAGGAGAGAGGGAUAGAGAGGGAGGGUGGGAGAUAGAAAAACUCGGCGACACGCUAGAAGAGAGAGGGAUGGAGGGUGGUCUUGAAGGAGGGAGGCUCCCAACCAUGUUCAAAGGUCUCCAUGGGAGCAUGGGGGGCUUUGGGGACAUGCUGUCUUUAGAUAUGGAUGAGAUGGGGGAGAUGGAGAGACUGGGUGACAUGGACAUGGACAUGAACAUGGGCGACCUGGGAGUGAUGAAAGUCAUUGGUCACGGCGUCAGAAGUGAGCUGGGGGUCAGGGGUCGCAGGAGUGACAUGGGAGUUGUAGUCCAGGGAGUGAGAGGAGACGUCAGCGAGGCCAUCAGCCAAAAGAUCAGGGGUGAAGUGGGUGUUGUCGGUCACUCUGGGGUGCAGGUGAGCAUGCGGGCAUCGUCUAAUCAGAACUCUGUUAAGAGCUGCAGCGUGCGGCACGGAACCAAGAUCAACAUGGCUACUGCAGCCAUGGACAUGAUGGAGCUCGACUGGUCUGACAGUGAUUAGAUGACACCUUAGCAGAAACACGCACAGAAAACACACACAGAAAUACACACCGAGGCCAAACUAGAAAGAUUUUGACUUGUAAGCACAUGCAGCAUCUGAGCUACAGUAUGUGUGAUCUCCUGUUAAAAAAGAGCUGGUAUACACACAUUUUUUGUUAAUUUGUUUUUUAAUUAAAUGGACAAAUACUACACCCAUGUGUACUGUGAAGUGGGAAGGAAGGAAAAGGCAGUUUGAGGUUGUACUGUCAUGUUGUCAGAUUGGCUUCACCUGUGUAAUUUAAUGUGCUAUUAAAACUGAUGCAUAACAUACUGUAAGAGGUACAAGUGUAACAAAAUAAGACACUUGAACGCCGCUCUAAUGAGGCAGCACUGUCUUUGUUUUCUUUUUUUCUUCUUCUCCUGCUUAUAGAGUAUCUUGUAGUUCAUAGAUAUGAUUUGUCCCAAACAUGCUUUGACUUUCAGUUCUAACUGUGAUCUAGUGUGUGAAGUAUUGGCAUUUUUCUCUGUACAUUUUAUCAUUUUUCAAUAAAAAGAAAAGAAAUCUUA